AUGUCCCUGAGGCCGCCGAAGUUCCAGGCGGUGGGCGAAGAGGAUGAGGAGGAAGAGAGCCUGGAUUCGGUGAAGGCGCUGACGGCCAAGCUGCGGCUGCAGACACGGCGGCCCUCGUACCUGGAGUGGACGGCCCAGGUGCAGAGCCAGGCCUGGCGCAGGGUCCGAGCCGGGCCCGGGCCGGGGGCGCCCGGGGCCAUCUGCGGCUUUGACUCCAUGGACUCUGCCCUGGAGUGGCUGCGCCGGGAGCUGCGGGAGAUGCAGGCUCAGGACCGGCGGCUGGCGGGGCAGCUGCUCCGCCUGCGGGCCCAGCUGCACCGGCUGAAGGUGGACCAGGCCUGCCAUCUGCACCAGGAGCUGCUGGACGAGGCAGAGCUGGAGCUGGAGCUGGAGCCGGGCGCCGGCCUGGCCCUGGCCCCGCCGCUGCGGCACCUCGGCCUCACCCGCAUGAACAUCAGCGCCCGGCGCUUCACGCUCUGCUGA